AUGGUUGUCACUGCUUCAAUCGAUGUGCUCUCCAAUCCGCUCUCAGCAGCUCAAGUCCCUUGCAUCAUCAACGGAAAGCCAUAUGUUACUUCGAAAACCUAUUCUCGAAAUGACCCUCACACUGGCAAGCACUUGUUCGAUGUAACCGCCGUUACCGAGGACGACGCUCCUUGGAAAGCUACCUCGCCAAUUGAACGUCGCAAAAUUUUCCAAAAUGCAGCUCGCAUCAUUGAAACUCGCAAGGAUGACAUUGUCAAGCUCGCAACCUACGAAACAACCCACUCGGUCGCUUGGACUCACGUUGAUAUGACGUUGGCAAUUGCCGCUUUGGAAGAGCUUGCUUCGGCAAUUACACAACUUACAGCGGAAGUCGUGCGUCCGGCUCCAGGCCAGGAAGGAUAUAUCUUUCGAGAACCUUUCGGUGUCGUACUUGGGAUUGCACCUUGGAAUGCGGCGUUAACGCUUGGAUUCCGGUCGGUCUCAAAUGCAAUUAUUGGCGGGAACACGGCUAUCUUGAAGAGCUCUGAACAUUCGCCCCGUAUACACAAUGCUGUAGCCCAGAUUUUCGCAGAGGCCGGGCUUCCAGCGGGCGUUCUUAAUGUUGUUCACGUUGACCCAAGAGACGCGCCCAAGGUUGUCGAAUCGAUGGUGGCUCACCCAGCAAUCCGUAAGGUUAACUUUACUGGAUCUACCCCGGUCGGCGCAAAGAUCGCCGAGAUGUGUGGCCGCCACUUGAAACCCUCAGUAAUGGAGCUUGGUGGUGCAGCACCAUUCAUCGUUCUCGAAGAUGCUGACAUCGAACACGCCGUGAACAAUGCUAUCCAUGCUUCAUUCACCCACUCAGGUCAGAUUUGCAUGUCAGCAAACGUCCUACUUCUCCAUGACUCUAUCGCCGAUGAAUUCCUAAACACCAUGAAAGGCCGCGUUCUCAAGGCCGGACAAUCUCCCGAAUCCGCCUACCGUGGUCUCUUCACCGCCCAAUCCGCCGACCGCGUCCGAUCCCUCAUAAACGACGCCGUCGCGCAAGGGGCGUCCCUCGUGACUGGCUCCACUGGGUCAGGAAACAUCAUCCAACCCACCAUCCUGGACAACACACCCGAAUCCGCGCGCAUUGUGACGGACGAGAUUUUUGGGCCGGCCGUUUGUGUGAUUAGGUUCAGGGACGAGGAAGAUGCUGUGAGGAUUGCGAACGAUCGUGAGUUUGGAUUGAGUGCUGCUGUUUUCUCGACGGAUUUGGGGAGGGCGUUUGCGAUUGCUAGACGCAUAGAGUCUGGCGGGGUUCAUAUUAACGAUUCAACCAUCCACGACUAUCCUACUCUUCCACACGGAGGUUGGAAGAAGAGCGGCUGGGGACGAUUCAAUGGUCUGGAAGGAAUAAAGGAAUUUACUCAGCUGAAAGUGAUAACUGUCAAUGAACUGCACAAGUUCCCAACGGCAUAA